CAUCAGUGUAAAAUUCGGAAAACCCAGCGAUCUAGUUAUGAAAUACUUUGUGGUCCUUGUCGUCCUGGCCCUCAUUUUGGCCAUCAGCGUGGGUCCUUCGGAUGCAGUAUUUAUUGAUAUUCUUGACAAAGUGGAAAACGCAAUACACAAUGCUGCUCAAGUGGGAAUUGGCUUUGCUAAGCCCUUUGAAAAAUUGAUCAAUCCGAAGUAAUUCUGCACUGCAAUUUAAUUAAUGUAUCGUUUAACGAAAAUAAACACAAAUUUUAAAAUCUGAAAAACAACUAAGUUACUAACGCAAGACUUUUAGUUAAGUUAGUUAAUAUAGACCGAGAUGUAUGUACAUACAUACCGCUUUCGCUUACAAUAAAAUGUU